AUGUGUAAUUUUAUAAAAAAAGGUAUUAGGUUUAAUGGAGAUAAAUAUAUUUUCCUUUUUGAUAUAUUUAUAAAGAAAUAUUUAUUAAAUGUAUUCGUAGCAAAUAUAUUAUGGGAAGAAGAGAAUAAUAUAUGUUUUCUAAAUAGAUUAAAAAAUAAAAGAAAGAAAAGUAUUUUAUUUCUUAAAGAAGAAUAUUUACGAUAUUUAAUGAUAUUAAAUAAGGAAGAGAAGAAUAAAAAGAAACGAUUAAAAAAAAUAUAUGAAUGUAUAAAAGUUUUUUCUAUUAAAGAAUUUCGAUGGCUUAUCAAUAAGUUGGAAAUAAUAUAUUUUUAUUUUUUUUGUCAUUUAUUACUUUUAUGUAUUUUUCAAAAUAUUUUUCUACUUACAUACAUGAGUAAAGAAUAUUUUUUGAAAAACAUACACAACUAUAUGAUAAAUAUUUUAUCCAAUGAUAUUAAAUUUAAUACAUCCAUUGAAUUUACACAUAAUGAUAAGUAUGAACAAAAAUGUAUAACCAUGGCUUAUUAUGAUUUUCUUUUAAACAAGAAAGGAAAGUUAAAGAAAAGGAACAAAUAUUAUGAUAUAAAAAAUAUAGAACCUUUAACAGGAAAAGAUAAGAAUUUGUAUUCCUAUUAUAAUUUUUCACCUUUUUUUCCUAUGUCUUCAUCAGAUAUAAUAAAUGUAAAUACAAAUGAUAAAAUAUCAAAUAUUUUAUGGAAUGAUAAAUAUAUUGAUACAUUAAACCACGUUAAUAUGAAAAAAAAGGAUAUUCCCUUAAAUAUUCAUAGUAAUAAUAUACUUAUGAAUAAUUAUGCAUACAGAAAAUAUGUUAGGAGUUAUAUGAUUAAAAAGAGAAUAAAUGAUCUGAUUUUAUAUAAUUUGAAGAAUAUAUUUGAAAAAAUAAAUAAUAUUGAGAAACUAACAAAUAUAAAUAAUUUUAUGAAUUUUAAAAAGGAAUAUGAAAAGGUUUCUAAAGAAGUAUGCAACAAUAAUAAUAAUAAUAAUAAUUAUGAUCCAAGUGACUGUAUGUUAAUAUUACCUAAUAGUUCGAAGGACCAUGCUUUAUAUAAUAAUAUAAAUAAUGAUGAAUAUAUGUAUAAAAAGUUUUGUAAUUUUAUUUCUCAAGAAAGGGAAAUUAAGAAACAAAGAGAAAAAGAAAAAUAUGAUAGAGACGAAAAAUAUGAUAGAGACGAAAAAUAUGAUAGAGACGAAAAAUAUGAUAGAGACGAAAAAUGUGAUAGAGAAGAAAAAUGUGAUAGAGAAGAAAAAUGUGAUAGAGAAGAAAAAUGUGAUAGAGAAGAAAAAUAUGAUAGAGGAGAAAAAUACCAUAGAGACGAAAAAUGCGAUAAAGAAGAAAAGGGCCUUAAAGAAGAUAAUUAUAGAGAUGUUAACGAAUGGAACAGUAAGAAAUACGAACGUUGUAAUAAAAUUUAUCCGAGUGAUUAUAAAUUUUUUUUAAGUGAGGAUAAAAAAUAUGAUACUUCUUACUAUUCAAAUGAACGGGUUAAUUUUCAUAAUAGUGAUAUAUAUAUGAAUGAUAUGGAUGAGGAAUUAUAUUAUAGCUCAUAUCAUAACAAUCAUCAUAAUAAUGAUAUAACAUAUAAUAGUAAUGUUUAUAAAAGAAUGUUAAACGAAGUUAUCCAUCCAUCUGUUGAGAGUAACGAUGUGAAGAAGGCACCUUUAAAUAAUGAUAAUAUAAAAAACAAAGAAUCUAAUGUGUAUGAAAUUAAUGAUAUAAUAUACCAAUUAAAUGGUGAGAAAAAAAUGAACACAAAUAUGUGUGAAAAAAGAGGAAAUAAAAUUUUUGAUUCAAAUAAUUUUCACAAUAUUAAUGAAAGGAAAAAGAAAAUAUUAGAUGAAAAUGAAAUGAUAACAAUUGAUAAUAAUAUAGAUAAGAAAGAGAAUAUUUUAUUUCCAUAUUUCCAUAUGGAAAUAUUAAAAGAUAAUGAAAUGAAUAUAACUAAAUAUUAUAAAGAUAAACAGUAUUAUGGUCAAUAUAAAUAUGAUGAAAAUAUAUAUAUAUAUGAUUUAAUUGUAUUAGAUACUUCUGGAUAUAUAUACAAAGUUUCGACAGAUGGUAGUUACCAUUGGAAACGAAAAAUUGUAGACCAUAUACAAGACUAUUCAAAUAUUGAAGAAAAAGACGAUGAACGGAAGGUAUUGAAAAAGCGAAAUAAAUUAAACGAAGAAGACAUGUAUGAAAGUAAUACUAAGCAUGAAAAUAAUAUGUAUGAUAUGAAUACGUAUGAAAGUAAUAAGUACGUUAUCAAUACGUAUGAUAAAAAUAUUUCGGAUAGUACUAAAGCUCAUCAAAAUCUUUACGUAUUAAAAAAAAAAGUUUAUGAUAUGAAUUAUGAUUCAAAAAGAGCGUUAAAAAUAUCUCCUUAUCAUAAUUAUUUUAAUACAUCGAUUAUAAAUUCUAUUAAUACAGAUAAAUUAAAACAAUCCAAACCAUUAUAUAAGAACAAUAUAAAAACGAAUGAUGAUAAUAAAAAAUUAAGGGAAAAUAAAACCAAAAACAAAAGAUUAGUUUCAAAUUAUUUAGGUAAUUUAUUUUAUAUAAAUGAAAAUAAUGAAGUUAUACCAUUAAAUAUAAAUAUUAAAGAUGUUGUAAAUAAUUCCCCAUUUAAAUCCCCUCUGUUUCCUAACAUGGUAUUUAUUGGUUCACGAGAAUCGACUAUAAUUAAUUUAGAUUAUGACACAGGACAUGUACUAAGAAAAUAUGAUGAAGCAUCUAAUGAAUUGUUAGACAAGGCAAAAAAAAAAAAAUCAAGAAAAAAUAAAAGUAUAAAAAAUAUGAAAGAUAUAAAUGAUAAUAUGAAGUUAUAUAAAGAAGGUAGUCAAAAUGUAGAGGACUUAUCCUUUACCGAGGAGGAGAAUAAAAAGAAAAGUAUUUUAGACAGUGAGAAAAUAGAAGUGGCAUCCUUAAAUAAUGAAGGGAAUAUGAAUAAAGGUUUUGCGUGUGAAAAGGAUGAUAAAAUAAAUAAUUAUGAUAAUGAUGAAGAUGAUCUAUUAUGUGCUCAAUAUGAAGACAACAAUGAUUAUGAUAAUAAUAAUAAUAAUAAUAAUAAUAAUAGGAAUAGCUAUUAUUAUUAUAAUAUUAAUGGUAAUGCUAGUGAUGAUGUAUUAGUACAUUCAAAAAAUGAAUUAUUAAAUAAUAGGUAUAUAAAUAAAACAAAUAUAAAAGAUGAAAACUCAAAUAAUAAUGAAUCAUUUCUCAAUAAUAUUGAUGGGAUGAAUAAUUUUAAGUUGCUACGAAAAAGAAAUAUGAAAAGAAAUAGAAAAAAGAAUCUCCUUAAAAGACUUAUGGUAAGUACAAAUAAACUGAGCAUGUUAUUGAAUAGAUACCAUUUAAUUAAUCGUAGUUUAGAAAGAAUGAGAAAAGAUAUUAAAAGAGGGAAAAAUAAAAGAAUAUUAAAAAAACGUCAAUUACAAAUAAGUUUAAUAAAAUGGGUAAUCAAAGCAGUAGAUGAGAAUACAUUAAAAAAGAAAUGGAUAACAACUUGGGUUGAUGUUGGAUCUAUAUUUAUGACAGAUGUAUAUAGGAAAGAUACAUCAUUUAUAAAUUCUUUAAUUGAAAUUGUUGGAAAUAAAUUAAUAUUAAGACCAAUAGAAAAGGACAAAAUGAAAAGUACUACAUAUCAAAUUUUAAAGAUUAUGAAUAAUGACACUGAUGAAAUACAAAUGUAUCGAAAUGAAGAUAUGAAAUAUGAAGUUAUUAAUAAUGUGGAUGAUAUAAAUAAUGUGGAUGAUAUAAAUAAUGUGGAUGAUAUAAAUAAUGUGGAUAAUAUAAAUAAUGCGAAUAAUAUAAACAAUGCGAAUAAUAUAAACAAUGCGAAUAAUAUAAACAAUGCGAAUAAUAUAAACAAUGCGAAUAAUAUAAACAAUAUGAAUAACAUUCUAAAUGAUAGGUUAAAAAAUGGAAUUAAUAAUAAAGAUAAUUCCAACAUAAAAUCGAAAAUAUUUAUUUUUUCAGAAUCCAUAUCAUCCGUUUUUGCAGUAAAAUAUAAGAAUUUAUCAAAUAUAUUUACAUUAGAUAUUAUAGCAAAACCAAAUAUAAAAUUAUAUUCUGAUUAUGAUAAUUUGAAUAAUUUUACAUAUAAUCCUGUACAUGUAAAAAAAGAGAAAACCCUUUUUUUGCCGUUUUCUAAGGAUAUAUCUGAUUUAGAUGGAGAUAAAUUUUCAUGUAGUUUUGACGAUAAUAUAAUAUAUGGUAAAAAAUUAAUACAUCGCUUAAAUAGUAUAUCAGUAAAUAUUUCUUCUAUAGAAAAAGAUAUGAAAUAUUUAUUAUCAAAUAUCAUAUAUGUAUAUGACAAGAAUAAGAAGAUUCCAAUAAGUUAUAUAUAUGAUAUGAAGAAUUUAAUAUAUGAAUAUCAAAAGGUUAAGCAAGAGUUUUUAUAUCAUUUACCUUGGGAUGAAGGAGACCAGAAAUAUUUAAGUCGAACGGAUGAUGUAUUAAAUAAUAGUAUAAUAGAUAAUAUAGGUAAAAAGGGUCCAAUUUUUAUUUGUGAAUAUAUAAACAAAUUUAUGGAUUUAUACUUUGAAGAGAAUGAUAUUUGUUAUGAUUAUUGUUCUAUGUUAAAUAUAUGGGAUAAAAUUUUUAAUAAUACUGUUAGUGAUGGAGAUUCUUUAUUAUUGUCGAAUUUGUAUCGUGUUGUACAUAGUGCCUUUAAGAAUAAUAAUAAAUAUAAUAACAAUAUUUAUUUUGAUAAUAAUAUGAAUAGUAGUAGUAGUAGUAGUAGAAGAAGAAGUCGUGUAAAUAUUUAUAACUUUGAUAAUUAUUAUAAUAAUAUGAGAGAUUAUAAUAGUUUUUGGGAAGAUAGGCAUAAUAUAUUAAUGAAUAGAGAAAACUUUUUAAUUAAUAGAAGCACGGAUAAAGUUUUUUCAGGGGGUAAAAAUAAUGAACUGAAAGAAUUUACUUCUAUUAGAUAUAAAAGAAGAAGAUGGUACUGGAGAGUAUUUUAUACUAUUAUGUUUAUAAUUUUUUUCCCAGUAUUAUUUAUAUAUAGAAGAAUUAUUAAAAGGAGAAAAGGUAGUAGUAAGGGUAAUAAAAUAGGUACAAGUAGUAAUAAUAAGUUGAUUAAAAAAAAUCGAACUUUUAAAGAUUAUGAUGAUGAGGAUGAAAAUAAUAUAAUGAGUGAAGAUGAAGAAGACGAUUUAGAUAUGAAUUAUGAUUUAAUAUUUGAUGAUGAUAGAUUAAAAGUUAAAAAAAUAAAAAGAAUGAGAAAAAAUUAUAAUAAUAAUAAUAAUAAUAAUAAUAAUAAUAAUAAUAGUAAUAGUAAUAGUAAGAGUAAUCGAUUUUUAUCCAAAUUGAGUAAUAUAGAUUUAGCUAAUAUUGAUUUAAACUUAAUUAAAAAAAGUCAUGGGAAAAGAAUGGAUAAUUUUGAACAACCCACUCUUGUGGACAUUUUAGCUAGACAUGCAAGAGAUACUACACAUAAUGAUGGUGGAUCUUAUUAUCCUUUCAACGAAAACGAAACCUAUAAUAUGUUAUCAUUAAAUUAUGCUUGGGGUGGUAAUCUUAAGCAUAUGAAUGUUGAAAGGGCCUCAGAAUAUAAUAUGGGUAAUAUAUCUCAUGAAUACAAUUAUGACAAUAUAAGAAAUUUAGGUGAUAAUAAAAUAUCAGCAUAUGAAUUAGAUAUAUAUGAGAAAGAAUUAUUUCAUUUAUAUAGAAGAAGGGCAGCAUCUCAGGAUGUACUUAAUAAAAAAUCUUUUGUUAUGAAAAAACGGAUACGUAGUAGUUAUAAAGUUGGUAGUAGCAAUAAAUAUCAUAAGAAAAAUUAUACAGAUAAUGAAAAGGAUAAGAAAAAAUAUCGUAGUUAUAAAGAAAAACAUAUAAAUGAAAAAAUGUUUGAUAAAAAAGAAUUUCUAAACUUUUUAACGAAUUUUAAUAAGAAGUUUAUGAAGAAGAAUUCUUUGGUUGAUCAUUUAAUAAAAAUGAAUGAUAAAGGAGAAGAUGAUUAUGAUGGUUAUAAUAGUAGUGGUAGUAGAUAUAAUAAUAUAAAUGAUGGUGGUGUUGAAUUGUGGGGUACUACUAAAAGGUAUACGAAUAAUAAAAAUAAUAGUGAUUAUGAUAAUAAUAAUAUGAAAAAUAAAAGAUAUUCUAACAAGAAACAUAAUAAUAAUAAUGAUAAUAUUAAUAAUAAUAAUAAUAAUAAUAAUAAUAAUAAUAAUAGUAAUAGUAACAGAUAUACAGAUGAAAGGAAAUACCGAAAUAAAAGCAUAAAAGAAGAUGUGGAUUAUACAAAUGAUUAUUAUAAUAUACAAUUAAAUAAUAAUAAAAUAAAUAACAAUCAAAUAAAAAAUAAAAUCGAUACUAUUAGAAAUAUUAGUCAUGAGAAAUUAGGUAAUAAUAAAAGUUCGAGUGCUAGGAAUUUGUCAUUAAUACAAACAUCUCAUAUUCCAUAUGAUGCUCCAUUAGCUGAUUUUUUAGAGAAUGGAAGAUUUUUAAGAACUUUUGAAAAUAUUUCUCUUAUAGGACAAGGAGGAUUUGGUUCAGUUUAUAAAGUAUCACAUCGAUUAGAACCUGGAUCUCCAACAUAUGCUGUGAAAUUUAUUUAUUUAAAAGUAAGUUCAUUAGAUAAUGUAAGUUCAAGGAGAUAUUUUCGAGAAAUCGCAGCUAAUAGAGAUAUAUAUAGUAAACAUGUUGUUCGAUAUUAUACAUGGUGGUGUGAAGAACCUCAAUUUUUACCUAUGCAUCUGAUGCCAAAAGAAAUUCAAAACUUAGUAAAAAAGAAUAAAGAUACAUUUAAAAAAAAAAGACUUACGAAAAAUAAAAAGUAUAGUAAUAAUUGUAUAAGUGAUAGUAGUAAUAAUAACAAUAGUAGUUGUUAUAGUGUUAGUAGUUAUAAUUCGAGUAUUAAUAGUAAUUAUAGAUAUAACAAAUUAUGGAUAAAAAAGAAAGAACAAAGUCCUGAUAUGAAAAGAUAUAAAGACGUUCUUAGAAAGAAUAAUGCUCCUAAUUUAGUUUUUUAUAGUGAUAACGAUGGAUUAACAUCUAAGAAUAAGGAAAAUCCUGAAAAUAAUCACAAUCCAUUUUUGAGUGAUAAAAAUUUUUCUGAUUCUAUAUAUAAAAAGAAAAAAAGUCAUGAUUAUAAUUCAUCUAGUCACAAACUGAAAAAAAGAAAAAACAAGAAAAAAAAAGGUAAAAAAAAAAGAAAAAGUAAAAGCAAAAUAAAAACAAAUGCUCAACGAAUAUAUGAGGAAAGUGAACAGCAUGAAGGAAGAGAUCACUUUCAAUAUAAAAAAGGAAAGGAACAGUUUUCAAAAUUUAUAGGAAAACAUAAUUCUAUGGGUUUUACACAAAGUUUCCAAGAAUAUGAUCCUUUUGAUAAUGGUUAUUUGAGUGAAGAAGAUAGAGAUCUUAUAGUUUUCGCCGAUAAUGAAGAAUCAAAUGAAAAUUCCCAACAAAUUAUACGUCAUGAUAAUAUGAACAAUGAAAAUAUUAUUAUAAAGCAUAGAAAUGAAGAUGAUAAAAACGAAUUGGAUGGUUAUAAAAACAAAUUGGAUGGUGAUAAAAACGAAUUGGAUGGUGAUAAAAACGAAUUGGAUGGUGAUAAAAACGAAUUGGAUGGUUAUAAAAACAAAUUGGAUGAUUUAUUAAUGAAAGAAAAAAUUAAUAGUUUAACAAGAAACGAUAUUGUUAAUAUUGAGAAUGAGAACCCAACUCCUCAUGCUACUAAUAAUAUUAAAAAUAAAAAGGUUGAUUUAAAUGGAGAAUUAACUUAUUAUGAUUACGUUGGAAAAAAUGAAGUCAUACCAAAUUCUCGAACCGAAACGAAUGUUGAAAGUAUUAAUACGAAUGGUAUGUUUAAUAAUAAAUUUUCUGUUAUGAAAGACGAAGGAGGGGAAUAUAAGAAAAAAGAAAACAUGACCUGGGGAGACACGAAAAGGGAUGGUUUAUAUGAAAAUGGAAAACAGGAAAAAGAUGGUUUAUAUGAAAAUGGAAAACUGGAAAAAGAUGGUUUAUAUAAAAAUGGAAAAGAGGAAAAAGAUGGUUUAGGUGUUAAUAAAUGUAUAACAAAUAAAUAUAUUGAAAAUGAUGAUGACGAUGAUAAUAAUAAUAAUAAUAAUAAUAAUAAUAAUAAUAUUAUAGAUGAAAGGAAAAAAGACCUAAAGAAAAAACAAAAAAAUGCCAUUACUAAAGGUAAUGAAGAUUUGUUAGCAAUAAAUGGUACAAAUAAUAAAGAGAAAAGAAAGAAGGAUGAUGAUAUAAAUAAAAAUAUGGAAAAAAUAAAAUCAUAUAAAAAGAAAACACCAGUUCCUGAAUUUUCUAUAGUCUUAUUAUUACAGAUGGAAUUGUGUAAAGGAUAUACCUUACGUAAAUGGCUAGAUAGAUCUACGAGAAGUGACAAACCUUUACAUUUUACUUAUAGUGAUAAAAAAAUGAAUCAUCCAUUAGAAUUUGAUUUAUUUAAACAAUUAAUUAAAGGUCUUAAAGAUAUUCAUGCUACUUGUUUUAUUCAUAGAGAUUUAAAACCUGAAAACAUUUUUGUAGAUCCUGAUACGUAUACAUUAAAGAUUGGAGAUUUAGGAUUAGUACGAUUUAUUGAAGAGAAAAAAAGAGAAAAGGAUUUUAACAAUAUUGAUUGUUAUAAAGAUAAUAUAUAUACAGAUAUUAAUCAGAAUGCAAUAACUAGCCAAAUAUCUAUAAAAGGACAAAUUAUAGGAACACCUGGUUAUACAGCACCAGAAGGUGGAGCUUUAUGUGAUGAAAAAGCAGAUAUAUAUAGUGCAGCCUUAAUUUUAUUAGAAUUAUUAUGUCCACGUUUUACAACAAUUAUGGAACGAUAUAAAAGAUUAAAUGAUUUCAGAAAUUAUUAUACAGUACCUGAUUAUGUAAAAAUUCAUUUAAACCCAUGGUAUAUUUUAAUGUUACAAAUGUCAAAACCCAAUCCAGCAGAUAGACCAUCGGCUGCUGACGUGUAUAGUAAAAUUAAAGUAUUGCUAGAUCCUCAUUUGACUGAUUUUGCAUUUAUCUUUAACGAUAUUCAUAAUGAGCAUAUGAAUAAACCACCUCAGGGAACUAAUAACUUUGAAAGAACAUCGGAGAAUAAGGACAAAUUCGUAAUACAAAGUGGGGAUAUGAAGAAUAAAGUAGAAAAUGAAGAAAUACCUAUUGAAAAAGGAUUAAAUAUCAAUGUAGAGAAUAUAAAAAAUGAGAAUAAUGGUGCGGACAAAUAG